AUGCACCUCGUCGGGGCCCACGCCCGCCGAAACCUCACGGCGGCGCUGGAGGACCUCAGCGAGGCCGCGGACCUCGGGGACCCUGGCGCGCAGUACACGCUGGGCGCGCUGCACUCGAGCCUCCUCGCCGCUGGGCCGGGCCGCGAGCUGAGCCGGGACGAGGCGCUGGGGGUGCUGUACACGUACGCCGCGUCUGUGGGAGGCCACCAAGGUGCACUGAUGGCGAUGGGCUACAGGCACAGCCAGGGCUACGGGGUCCCCAAGUCCUGCAGCGCGGCCGCGCUGAACUACGUCGAGGUCGCGCGGGAGGUGGCCGGUCUCUACGGUGGCGGCAUGCCCCAGGCCGUGGAGCUGGUCCGGCUCGGGGUCGCCGGGCAGAGCAGCAAGGCCGUGGGCUCGUCCGAGAUGGCGGAGCAGGGCGACGCGGGCGUGGCCUACGCCGUGGGGAAGCGGUACAUGCUGGGCAUCGAGGGCUUCGGGCAGGACUACGGAGAGGCCGCGCGCCACCUGCGGACCGCCUCAGGCGACUAUUCUUGGUUGUGA